UUUUAAAUGGCACUGCAGACAUAUCUGAUGCAUAUGACACUCAGAUCACCCCCUCUGGCCCUACGUUUUCCAUCUGGGGUGUGAUAUACACCUGGUUAACGCUCAUGCACGGCUACAUCCUCAGCACUCUAUGCAGACGCAAUGCCUAUGGCUAUAUGUACUGCAGUCCUCCUGUGCUUCCAUAUGGAUUUUUCAUUUCCUGGAUUUUGAACAUGAUUCUUAACGUUGCAUGGCUUUUGCUGUGGGACCGACAGGAAAUGAUUGCUUCAUUCGUUGUUCUUGCAUCAGUGGCCUUCACAAAUUAUGCAAUGAUAUUCUUCUCCUGCCAUGGACUGAAAUCUUAUGGUGCUUGGCUAAACAAAUACCACAAAGUGGACUUGUGGCUCAUCCGUGCGCUGGUUCAGAAUGCGAUAGGAAUUUACACAGCAUGGACAACAAUUGCUACCUUGAUCAAUCUCACCAUUGUUAUGGACUACAAUGGGCAGGUGUCCUCACUGGAUGCAGCCACUGUAUCUCUCUCGGUUCUUCUUGUGGUGGUGCUUGUUUGGUUUGUUGUUGAGAACUUUGUGCUUGACAAACAUGUCCGGUACAUCCUGACCAUCUACCCUGUGGUUAUUGUGGCUCUGACGGGAAACAUGGCUAAGAACUUCGAUGCUGCCGCACCCAGUCGGAAUGGAAUUUUCAUUGCUGUGCUGUUGGCUCUGGCAUGUGCCCUGUUGGCCAUAAGAUUAAUUUUGGUUCUCUGGAGGCACAUUAAGCAACCUCUCUAUAUGGACAUGGAUGCUGAAAAUAUUAAGUCACCAAUGGAAAUAGCUGAAAAGCAGAAAAAGAUAUUUGCUUAGGAGAAAUGCAUGUUUGUUGCAGAGAAACAGUAAAACAGGGAAACAGGAAAUAAUAAGUCAUUUUUAUGGGCCAAAUUAAAGCCUUGUCAUGUUUAUUAAUUAUAACUUCAUUAGCCUAUGUCUAAGACACAAAAUAAUGUGUGCCUAUGCAAUUAAGCUAUUUUGUAUAUAAACAUCAUAAUUUAUUUUUUAAAUGAACACAAGUGCUGUUAGCUACAUAUGUGUGUGUGUGACUAUGGCUGCAGAAUUGAAGGGGAAGACUCUGAGGAACUACUACUUGGACCUUUUUUUUUUUUAAAAAAAAAGCAAAUUGGACGCAUGCUUUGGUGAUCUUGUUUGUACCAAAGAUCCUUAAUUACUCCGCUUUAACCCUCUCUGUUUGUACUGCAUGAUCAGUCCUUUCCUGUGCUCCACUAAUUACCUACAGAACUGUUAUUGAAACAUAUGUAACACAAGUGUGAUUGGAACAUUGAACUAUCACUAAUAUAUCUCUGGCCUACAAACUUUUUACUCUGCAGUCUAUCUAAAGUAAUAAACGGUGCACUCACUCUGGGGCAGCUCAUGAAGGUUCAUAAAAGCACUUAUCCUGAUUUGGUUAUUAAAGUAUUUUUAAUGUCUGUAAAUUAAACAUGUUUUUUACAUUAUGAUGUAAUACAUUUAUUUUUUUAUGUAUUUAAUAAAUACAUGCGAUUGUU